AUGCUAAUAUUUUUGUUUAUGGUACUAUUAGUACCGACCGUAGAAUGUGAUAAUUCACCUGCUGGAGAAGAGCAACAAAAUCUCCGAGUUUUAGGUCCAAUUCCCAGUUUAUUCAGUUUAAAUAAAUGCGAAUAUCUAAAGAAUAUAUCCGAUAUUGAAACAUUAAAUCGACAUCAAUUCGAAAUACUCGAACAAUGCUUAUAUUAUUAUUUGGCUGCGGAAGCUCAACGAAAAACGCAACAUUUCAACGUAAUUCAUGCACUUGCUAUUUUUCCACCGGAAACUACCGAUUUAAAAGGAUCACGAGUUCGAAUAUUUUUUCAGCAGAUAACACUGCAGCAUUUUGUUAUGAACGAAUUCUUGAGAGAGUUAAAUAUUAAUGGUUAUAUCACUGUGUUUUGGGAUGACAAUCGGCUUAGCUGGAGCGAAGAACAAUGGAAAUUGAAAAAGCUAGAAAUCAAUUCCGUUAGUCACGUCUGGGUGCCAAUGCUAACUGCACAAACAUUUGAUACAGCACUUCGUAAUGGUGAUCUGAUGGAAAUACGGCGUGUAUCGAUAAAUAGUAAUGGUACCAUUCGUGCUAUCAUCAAUUUUUCGCUUCGGACAUUUUGUGAUGAUUCGGAUUUCAAAAAUUUUCCAAAUGAUAUGUACAAAUGUUGUUACCAGAUCGAACCACAUAUUAAUCAGGGUGGAAUAGAAUUUGUAGCGUCAGGUCGACCAGUUUUCACAGAUGCGAAAUAUUUCCGUGACAAUGGCUGGUACAUUUCUGGUAGCACACCAACUGUUCAAAUAAUGCCAGAUUCACAGUUUCCACAGCUUGGUUUUUGCUUGAAUUUGAAACGCUCCACAAAAUCUUUAUAUAUUGAAUUAUCGUUACCCAAUACGAUUAUAUCGAUUCUCUUCCUUUUAACACCUUUGCUUGGACAAAUUCAUUUGCAAAUAUUUGCAAAGAUGUUUGUACUCUUCCUUCAAUUCUCAACACUUCAGCUCUUUUCCACACUUAUCUCACCACAUCUUGGCUCCUCAGCUUCAACACCAACUAUAUUACGAUUUUUGGAAUUUGCUACAAUAAUAAAUAUGUUCAGUAUAUCAAUAUCCAUUACUUUAUGGAUGUGUUGUAAAAUUCGUCGAAAUCUUCCACCAUGGAAUUGGCUUAUAAGGACAUCCGAGCUUAUCAAUAGAUGUAUUUGCGUGUUUAAUUCAACAGAUAAUUGCAUAUCACUGAAUGAAAAUGAUAAAUCAUCCACAACAAGUAAUUAUCAAGAAGAUUGGACCAAUGCAUUCAUUGCAAUCCAUGGUGUUGCCGUAUGCGCCUUAUCAUUCAUUUUCAUUCUUGGCUAUUUAAUGUUAUCAUAA